UCACAGUUCACAACCUCGAAGUCGAAACACACAGCUCACCUCAGUGUGUGAAUCGAAGCUCGAAUAGCUAGCUGCUGCUACUACUGCUAGUACGUACUAGCUGAUCGAGUAGUAGCUGGUCGGCUACUCGAUCCCUCUCCGCUGUGCGUAGCAGCUUCUGUCUUCUGUUCGCAACAAGCCCGGCACAACGAUGGCGGUGGCGGCGAAGACGACGACGCCCGCGGCAGCCGGGAGUGGCCGGAUCAGGCGGUACGCGCUGCUGCUGGCGCUGUGGGACUCGGAGUACGCGAAGCAGGUGUACGGCGGGUACCGCAACGUCUUCGUCGCCGCGUUCGGGGAGGAGGACGCGGGCGAGAGGUGGGACUGCUUCCGCGUGAUCGCCAGCGAGUUCCCGGCGCCGGAGGACCUGGCGUCGUACGACGGCUUCGUGGUCAGCGGCAGCCCGCACGACGCGUACGCCGACGACCCCUGGAUCGCCCGCCUCUGCGCGCUCCUCCGGACGCUCCACGCCAUGGGGAAGCGGGUCCUCGGCGUCUGCUUCGGCCACCAGGUCCUGUGCCGCGCGCUGGGCGGCAGGGUCGGCAAGGCGCGGAACGGAUGGGACGUCGGGGUGAGGAAGGUGACCUUGGUGCGAGACGGCUUCGGCUUACUGGGGGAUCUCGAGGAGCUCCCGUCGAGCGCGUCCCUCGUCGAGGUCCACCAGGACGAGGUGUGGGAGCUCCCUCCUGGGGCGACGGUGCUGGCCUACUCAGAGAAGACGCGCGUGGAGGCGUUCGCGGUGGGGGAGCACGCGCUGGGCAUCCAGGGCCACCCGGAGUACACCGCCGACAUCCUCCACAACCUCGUCGACCGCCUCACCGGCCAGAGCGCCAUCCCGGCGAGCGUCGGCGAGGAGGCGCGGCGGACGGUGGCGGAGACCGGCGGCCCUGACCGCGCGUUCUGGACGGGCCUCUGCAAGAGGUUUCUCGGAGGUGGAGGAAGCAGCCCGCGGUCUGCUGCGGCGGUGCGUGAGAGUGGCACGGCGCCGGAGGUGACGAUGAUGACCAGCCUCGCCGUCACCGGCUGCUUCGGUAGCGCCGCCGCCGCUCCAAUGGUCCAGUUGUUGGCUCGCAGCGCUAGCUUUGCUGGAGUUGCACGUACGUAGCAGCCUUUUCGCCGCAUGGUAGGCGAGGCGUUGACUUCAAUAUAAUUCAAGAUACUUUGGUGUGUGUACAAACUUCAUCAUGCUUUGCUCCACCAUACCGAUUACCGAAUGCAUCGUUCUUUCUUGAUUUUAUUACUGUUUUGAAUUUUGAAUUUAUCUUGGUUAACGAUCACCA